AUGUCAAAUAAAACAACUAAGCAAAAUUUACUGUGCUGCUCAGCUCAGCAACAAUCCUCAAUAACAGGUCGAGAUAAUCAUGCUCCAGAUGCACAAACUGAUGCUGUUCCUUUGCCGCUUGUGGACACAUUAAAUACUGCCAAAACAUCAGUUGACAAAAAUGAACCAAGCAAUUCAUCAGCAACAAAUUAUAACAAUAUGGUAAUAUUAGAAAAAGAAACAAAAACAAACAAAAACAAAAACAAAAGCAAGAAGAACAAUAUGCAUGGAGAUGGAGUUGAACAAAGUCCAUUUCAGAGUAGAAUUUCUAGUAGUUCACCGAAAGAAAAGAAAAUACCACCGCUAUUGGUGUUGUCUAAUAAUUCACCAGAAAUUGAACGUGACAAUUCACAUUCGGUUAACGAAAAUUAUAUAAACAUUAAUCGUGUACAUGGUGAAAUGCUAGCAUCUGAUGUUGAUCAUAAAGAAAGUCCUACCAGUUUUUCAAAUAUUGGUGAACAACAACGAUACGCCACAGAUUCAACAAGAACUGAAAAUUCACUUCUUGAUGGAGUAAAAUCAAUGUUUGGUGACCUAAGUCGUCAAUUUAAAGACGGAUUUGGUAGCCUAGAUAAUCAACUUCAAGAUGUAAGAAAGGAAUUUGAUACCAAACUCCAUGAAAUUGAUACCAAACUCCAUGAAAUUGAUAAACAAGUUCGAGGUUUUGAUGGAAAUCACAUAUGGACAAAACAAUACACACCUGUCUUGGUAUCUCUUCGACCUCAAGAAAUUCAAUUUGAUGUUCUUGGAUUCGCAUUUGAAGCUGCAACUACUGAACGACCAUUUAUUAAUUCGCCAAGCAUUAUGCCCAUCCACUCCACAUCGUCACAUACAACCAUAAAAGAAUUUAUGGCAAACACUAUUAUAUGUGGCGAGGUUACCACGUCAAACUUAACGUUUGAUAAUGAUGAAUUAGUAAAACUUGAAAAUGUACAGUUGUCUAUUACUAUUCUCCCUAAUCCAUGA